AUGGAUGACUCUCAUGAGGUUUUAAACUUCUCAGCGCUGGAGCGGGAGUUGCAGUCUGCUGUAGAAGCAGACAAGAAAUAUCAAAGAGAAAAUGAUGCAAAGUUCCGUGCUCUACACCAGAAGGUCGGAACGUAUGAGGAGUUUAGGGACAUAGUCCUGGCAUCCAACCUGAAACCACUGGACAGGAAGGAUAAAGCUGGAGCUCCUCGCAAACAGCCAUGGAAUGCUCUCGCCUCCACUGACAAAGGGCAGAACCAGACUAGCUGUGAUGAAAUAGGCCUAAAGCCUCAGUUGUCCGAGUUCCUGCCCAGGACAGCAUCAGAGUUCAGCCGGGACUGGCGCAGGUUCGGCAGUGAAAACCCAGAGGAUAAAUACAGCCUCCUGCUCUCCCUAGGUGGAGAGGGCCUUCGGAACAUCUUCAGGGCUGAGGUGGGGUUCGGACUACUGGGGGAAUUUCUUGUGUUCCUUUCCAGUGGUCUCCAGCCUGGGGAUGAGGCCAUGGUGAUAGGGAUCCUGGAGGGGCUGUCCAAGACCCCCAGGUUUGGCCUCAAUGUGUGCCUCCUGAGCCAGGCUGAGAGAGAGGCAUGUGGAGAUCUGUUUCAGAACCUGAGGAAAGCAUCAGCAGCGGGGAAUAGCAGUGUCAAAGGAUCCAAAGGGGAUGUCAUUGUCCAUGGAAGUAAUGUGGAAGAGAUUAAAGAGACACAAGAUGCUGAGCCAGAGACUCUGUUUCCAGGACAGACCAGCGAGGAUGCCGGAAGAAGCAGUGAUACUGAAACUUUAAAUGGUAUAAUGCAGUUGUAUGGGGUUCAAACGGUCUCUCCUCCUCAGUAA